AUGGCUGAUGAGCAACAGCAGCAAACCGUUUCACCGGAUACCAUCUGCAAAGAGCCGGAACAACUGCAACAAGAGCAACAAAAACAGCAAUCGCAACAGCAGCAACAGAAGCAGCAGCAGCAGCAACCACAACAGCAACUGCAGCCGCAGCUGCAGCAGCAGCAACAAAAUGAAUACGAUUUGGAAACUUUUCAAACACGCAUAACAAACUGCACCCAGUACGAAGAGAGAGGCUAUGCGGUAGUGCCGGCAAGUGUCAGUUUCAAAGGUGUGAGCAUGCAGUUGGACCUGAAAAUUGACCAGAAAACACUGGCCGCUGCAACGAAUAUCUCGAAAGCGGUAGAACAAGCCGUCUCCUCGCAUCUCGCAUUCUCGGGUGGUGUUGUGCCCCUGGAGAGCACUGAUCUGAGCGGUUCAUCACCGCAAUCACAAUCGAUGCCCGCGGGCUGCGGUGGAUGGUCAUAUCACAGAAAUCAGUUUUCGUCAGUGGCCGAGUCUUCGGCUCGUACUUCUACGACUACUAACACUACUACCAUACAGUCACCGGUAGCCUGUGAUAGCUCAGUGGAGAGCUCAAGCACAUCAUUCAUGGUCUUUAUUUUUGCAGAAAGCAACCCGAACGAGUUAGCAGCAACUCCACUGGAAGUGUCUGGAAUGGAUUCGUCAACAGAAAGUACCUCCUCGAUGAAACGGCCCUCGAGCUCCUCAUACGCGUCCACAGAAUACGGGGUGCUGGACGAAUGCUUUCGUCCGUCCACGUCAUCGUUUGCUGCUACGGCUUCAGGAGCCAGUGUAGCAACGACUGCACCCUCAGCUGCUGCGCCACGGAAGGACAGAUCAGGCGCGUCAUCCCGUUUUUGCGAAUUCAGCGACCCAGAAAAAGGACAAUGCCGACAGCGUGCCAUAAUAGAAUACCGGUACUGUAUCCGCCAUAUAUUGCUGGACCCAACAGCACCGUAUAUCCAGUGCCAACAUGCACGCAAGCCAAAAAGCCGGCAUGACACAAACCUAAGGUGCACGAAUGCGAUUCGCAAGGACGAAAACAGAAGUUUCUGUAAGACCCAUAUGAUAAUGAAUGGUCUUAUGGAACCGAAAAAGCGGAAGCAGAAGCGCCCUGAUGCAACUGUUGAAGUAGAAGAACAAGAUGGAAGCCAGUGGGGAAACGGCCCAGUGGAGCAACCGAAGCGUCCACUCGUCCUGAAUACCCUGGACGAAUUGCAAAGUAAGUGCUUUUCGGACAUUUUAAUUCAUUAUUUUUUAAAACGUGAAGCAAAAAAAUGCUUUAAAGGCACCUAA